AUGGCAGCAUUGCCGAUGGUCUUGAUUACGGUCCUGGCAGCCUUUCUGUCACUGUCAUGGGCACAGCAGUUCACGGGUACUACUAUGUUCACCAACUACACCGGGCUGAGUACACAGUGUCAGGACGCUCUCGCCACCAAUGUUACUUGCUCGCCCUAUCUUGGAAUUAUCUCUAAAAAUCCUGAUCAGCACGUCACUAAUGAUCGUGCUAGCAAUGGCGUCAUGUCAGCAGAUCAGGUCGACGAAGUCUGUGUCGACAGCUGCUAUACAUCUCUGGAAGCUGCUCGAACCACCAUCGCAGCCGCGUGUACCCUCAGCACUGAUGUGAUUGUGGUGGAGACUGUGGCUUAUCCAGCCACCUUCAUCGUGGAUAACUAUCUUUUUACAUACGAGAUGUCCUGCAGAACGGACAAUAGCACGGGCAAACACUGCGAUCCUCUAAUCGCAUCGUGGUCGAAUCAAAGCCUCAGCGCUGACCAAAAGUGCUCUGACUGCUGGCUAGGUGGUCUGGCUUUGGAAUUGGCCAGUCCCUUUGGCUACGAUGACUCGCUGGCCAGCAACUAUGCGUCGCUGACCUCCAGCUGUAAUGCCACAGGCUACACCUACGCCACCCCGACGCAGUACGCAAUCAAUGCGACAGCACCCACAGCCUCGACAACUGCCACAGCGACCACGGUACCAAAUUGUAGCGGGUUUUACACGGUUCAAGAAGACGAUGACUGCAACUCAGCGGCACUAGCUCUGAACGUGUCUACUUACAGUCUCCUAUACACUAACAACCUGGAUCUUUACUGCCAGACCUGGGCCACCACGGCGGUCAACUCAACGCUAUGUGUCCCACCGCAGUGUGAAACCUACGUCUGGCAGAUGCACGACUCGUGUAACAGUGUUUUUCUGUCAUGGAACCCCAACUUCAAUUCUCUUUGUCAAAAUGCCGUGAAUUACAUUGACUACGUUGUCUGCAUUGGGAAGGGUAAUUGUGCUGAUACAAGCCAUAGACCACCCGGAGGCUAUCUGAAUCACACCAUGGAUGGGUCCGGUAACUCCACGGCCGCAAACCCGACCACCUUCACCACUGCAGCGCCAGCCCCAACGAACGCUCUCAAUGGAUCAAGCACCAACUGCGGCAAGUGGUACACCGUAGUGGAAGGCGAUACCUGCAGCCUGGUAUCGGUGGCCAACUCGGUCUCCCUAACGGACUUCUACUUCCUCAAUCCGGAGAUCGACGCUAACUGCACCAACCUCGAGCUCGGCGAGGCAUACUGCAUCGCUGCUGUCGGCGACAUCAGCACUUACUCGGGCUACCCGAUAACUACCCCCUGGAUCACGGUGGCCACAGCCAGCUUUCCCGCAGUUGACACUUCGAUCCCCACAACCACCAGCGACCCGGGCUUUAUCUACACGCCCACCUAUCUCCCCACUGCACCGGGUACCGUCUCAGGCUGCGCAUCAUACAGGAACUAUGAUGACACCACAUAUAACCUGAAUUCAUGCAGAUAUAUUGCUUUCGCAUACGGUGUGACCACUGAUGAUUUACUCGCGUGGAAUCCCAGUCUAGACACCAAUGUGACCACAUGCGCCCUGCAACCUGGGUACAGCUAUUGCGCGCUGCUAAACGAUACCUAUCUAACCGGUGGCGUUGACAGCGAUUCAUUUUGUUUACCAGUCAACGCCACUGAGGCGACCACAGUGUCGAACUGCAACUGCUUCACGGAGAUCCUUGGAUACAUGGCCGGCGACUACCAAUGCGACGAUAUCGAGUCCGACUUUAGCAUAACGGCAUCCAAACUGACCACAUGGAACCCCUGGCUUGCCGGCGACUGCGACGCGGCGCUGUACGCAAAUAUCACCGGUAACGACCGCCGCUCCGUCUGCGUUGGAGUGGAUGACUCUGGGACCCCCUCGGCUACCACUACUACUGCGAUUCCCUCUACCACCACAGCCACCCCAGCAGCCCCGACCCAAACCGGGGUGGUAGCCGGGUGUCAGGAGUUCUUCACCAUCGAGUCAGGCGAUGACUGUUCGACCAUGGAGGCCGAAUUCGGCGUCACCCUCGCCCAGCUCUACGCAUGGAAUCCCAGCAUUGGCCCCACCUGUACGAACCUCUGGCUCGGAUACGCAUACUGCGUCAAGGGGCCAACGACGACGGCAACCGCAACGAGUGUCGGGCCCACGCAGACGGGGAUCGCCGCGAACUGCGACGAAUAUUAUACGGUCGUGAGCGGGGACUCAUGCGCGGCCAUCGAGAGCGAGUACGGCAUUACCUUUGCGCAGCUGUAUGAAUGGAAUCCGGCAAUCGGGUCGGACUGCGAGGCCCUGGAGGUUGGGUACGCGGUUUGUGUGGGAGUUUCUUCUUGA